GUUUGUGUGGGUGAGGCAGAGAGAGAGAGUACGGGCUGAGGUGUCCCUGGCGAACCUGUUGUGGUGUCUUCCGGGACCCUUCGCUGGGACUGCGGGCGGGGCUGACGUUUCCUCGGGAGCGGGGAAGGGGGAAAACACAGCUGCCAGGGCAGGAGGAAGGGGGGGGAAGGCCAUGAAGCGGUCGCGGAGCCUGGAGGACUCGGGAGGCUGAAGCUGCAUCCUCCCCCCUCUGCUCCUAUCCCUAUCCCUCCCCUCAUCCCUCCCCCCCCCCCCCCGAGCCUGGCCCCCUGCAUCGCAAGUCCUCACUCCUCCAUCUUCUUUCCCUUUUCUACCUACCCCUCCCCUCCACCUGUCCAUGCUUGAACUUUGACAGCACUGCUACCCCACCUUGUCUGGGACCAACUCAUCCUGGGCAAGUUAUUCCUUGGGGCCGGUGGGGGAGAAUCGUGUGACCCCUGACCCCUUGCUCUAGUGAAGGUGCUACACUCCCUCCCGCCCCCUCCCUUGGCAUCCCGAGUCCCCGUUUACCCCAGGCUGGGGCUAGAAGAGAGGGGUCAUUGACCCUUACCCUUUCAGCAAUGGCCGCGUCUAACUGGGGUCUGAUCAUGAACAUUGUGAACAGCAUUGUGGGGGUCAGUGUGCUCACCAUGCCCUUCUGCUUUAAACAGUGUGGCAUUAUCCUGGGAGCCCUACUGUUGAUUUUCUGUUCCUGGAUGACACACCAGUCCUGCAUGUUCUUAGUGAAGUCAGCCAGCCUUAGCAAACGCAGGACCUAUGCAGGCUUAGCUUUUCAUGCCUAUGGAAAAGCAGGAAAAAUGCUGGUGGAGACCAGUAUGAUUGGGCUGAUGUUGGGAACCUGCAUUGCCUUCUACGUUGUCAUUGGUGAUUUGGGAUCAAACUUCUUUGCUCGGUUGCUUGGACUUGAGGUGCCUGGCAACUUCCGGAUAUCCCUACUCUUUGUUGUCUCCCUGUUCAUUGUGCUUCCACUGAGCCUCCAGAGGAACAUGAUGGCUUCCAUACAGUCCUUCAGUGCCAUGGCUCUCAUGUUCUACACAGUGUUUAUGUUUGUGAUAGUAUUGUCUUCUCUCAAACAUGGCCUUUUCGGUGGGCAGUGGCUGGAGCGGGUUAGUUACAUCCGUUGGGAGGGCAUUUUUCGUUGCAUUCCUAUCUUCGGCAUGUCUUUUGCCUGUCAGUCCCAGGUUUUGCCUACCUAUGACAGCCUAGACGAACCAUCAGUUAAAAUAAUGAGCUCCAUAUUUGCUUCAUCGCUUAAUGUGGUCACCACCUUUUACAUUACGGUAGGAUUUUUUGGCUAUGUCAGCUUCACAGAAGCUAUUGCUGGCAAUGUGUUAAUGAAUUUCCCUUCUAAUCUGGUGACUGAAAUGAUUCGAGUGGGAUUCAUGAUGUCUGUGGCUGUUGGGUUUCCCAUGAUGAUUCUGCCAUGCAGACAAGCAUUGAACACUCUUCUCUUUGAGCAGCAGCAAAAAGAUGGUACCUUUGCGGCUGGAGGUUAUAUGCCCCCUCUUCGGUUUAAAGCUCUCACGCUUGGAAUCGUGUUUGGAACCAUGGUUGGUGGAAUCAUGAUCCCAAAUGUGGAGACGAUCCUAGGCCUUACUGGUGCUACAAUGGGAAGUCUCAUCUGCUUCAUCUGCCCUGCUCUUAUUUAUAAGAAAAUCCAUAAGAAUGCCCUUUCCUCACAGUUCAUUCUGUGGAUAGGCUUGGGGAUUCUCUUGAUUAGUACAUAUACUACCCUGUCUGUGAGUGAGGAGGCCCCUGUGAAAGUGGAAAAGAUAGAAGCUGCUGGUCAUCUUGGAGAAAUCAAAAAUCUGAUGGAUGCAGAUUCUGCCAAAAUAUCAGUCCAGAACCCAGUUGUUGAAGUGGCCAAGGACAACCGUGAUAAGCCGAAACUGCCGAACAAGAAAGAUGAAGUGGAGCCACCUCAGAUCAGAGGUCCUGUGAAUGUUCCCCAAAGGGAUGAGCACAAGGAGAAGCAGGAGGAGGUGCAGCUUGAUCGUCCUGAUCAAGGUAUUGCUUUACCUGUGGGAGAAGCCCACCGCCAUGAGCCUCCAGUGCCACAUGAUGAAGUUGUGGUAGAUGAGGGUCAAGACAGAGAAGAACCAGAGAAGGAGAAACUCCCAUCCAAAGAUGAAAAUGCCCCCGGGGCGUUAGAUAGAGCACCAGCCCUGGACCAUGAAAAUUCUGAAAAAGAGAAAAAUGAACCACAGAACAAAGAGAAAGAGAAUCAGGCCUCAAAAGCACUGGACCGUCCGCCUGAAGAUCUCCAAAGGAUCCUAGAAGCAAAUGGCCAGCCAGCCAAACAGCCAGCACGUGAAGACCUAGGGCCAGGCAAUAAAGAGCUUCAGCCAGGGGCCCAAGUGGUAAUUUCCAAUGACCAGAAGAAAGCCAAUCCUGUGGAUGAAAGGAAGAAUGCAAAUGACGUUCAAUUGCCAGGAAAAGUGGGGGAGAUUAUGAAGUCCAUGGAAAAGAUUGAUGCUGGUGGGAAGGCUCUUCUCCCCCCAGAGAAACCAGAUCUGAUCUUAGGACAAAAUCCUGAGCUGAGAGAGAUAAGAAAUGUUGAAGGGCAACAGGAAGACAACCCAGGCAGCAAGUUAGAAGCUGAGAUUAAAAAGCUAGUAGCAGAAGCUGGCAAGGCAGAGAUGCUUGAUCAUGUGGUCCUGUUGCAAGUGAUUAAAGAACAGCAGGUGCAGCAAAAGCGGCUGCUGGACCAGCAGGAGAAGCUGCUGGCCGUGAUCGAAGAGCAGCACAAGGAGAUCCACCAGCAGAGGCAGGACGAAGAUGGCGGUGAUAGGCCAAAGCAAGAAAUACAGCCUGAAGCAGGUGGCAUUCCUAUGAAUACAGAGAAGGAAAAUCAAGACCCAAAAGUUGGGGAAUCAGUCAAGAACGUUCUUAGACAGGGUUUGGAAGCUCCGGUCCAUCCCAGAGAGCAGCAGCAGCAUCCUGGUGAGGAGCCUGAUCAGACUGCUGGGAAGAAUAAAGCUCCUUCUUUCGGUGUCAGCAUUGGCACUGAGCUCAAGGUUCCCAAGGCCAGGCCCCAGGACAGCAAGAAGGGUGAUGUUCAGCAUGACACAUCCAAAGCAGGUAACCCUGAGGGGUACAUGGGAGAUGCCCUUCAUAAGAACUUGUUACAGGCUGAUGUGAAGCAUCUCAUGGGGCCUGGAGGAAACCCAAAAGGGAAGAAACUUGAAGUUCAGGAAUUGCCUGGAAAAAGUCAGGAAGAACAGGCGAGAGGCUCCCAAGAGAAAAGGAAAGCUGCAAAAGGGGCAGCAGUACUUCCUACCGCAGUCCUCCCCAAAGAGGGAGGAGCUGAGAUGAGAGACUCUGAAGUGAAGACCCACAUAAUUAGGCAGGAUGGUUCUCAGCCCCAGAAAUCGCUACAUCAGCAGAAACGCCAGAGCGAGUCAGAUAGCGACAGGCACAAUGACCUAAAUCACGCAAGUCAUAUGGAGGCAAGAAAAGAUGCCCUCGCUGCUAACGGCAGCCCUGGUGUGGAGAAUCAGCAGGAACCAGGGGAGGAGAAUGUCCAGGAUCCUGAGCAGCUAGAUCCCGAGCACGGACUGAAAUUGCCCAAUCAGAAGUCUGAUAAUGGAAAACCUAACCGGGAACUAAAAUCUCAAGUUGGUUCUGACCUUCGGAGGAGACGGCGAGAUUUGUCUCCUUAUCCUGUGGAGGAGACAGCUCAGAAGGAUGGUAUUCUCAUCAGCUUCAACUCCUUGCCAGCUGUGAAUGUGGACAAUUUGAGAAGUGCAUUGGAGACUCAACUUCAUCAAGCUUUGCAGGUUGUUCAGAGCAGACAGAUUAAACAGUUGCCAGUGUCUCAGAAGGAGGUCUGAUCUGCCCAUGCUAAUGACUAAAGCUUGUUUACUGUGGUUGAGCUGAUAAACCAUGGGCAUUUUAACAUUCAGGAAGCAAGUUGCUGUACCUGCCCUACCUUUUAUCUUAGCUAUGCUAAACUUGAUGGGUGGGGCAUUUGGGGAGAAUAUUUGUGAAUUCUGGGUACCAUAAUUGGAAUGAUUUCCUCCAUUGAUUUUUUUUUUUACAUACUCCAAUCACUGAUCAGUGCUUUCAGAGAAAAACUCACUUUGACCCCAAAGAUUGCUAUGCUCUCCAAGCCUUAAGCUGCCAUUUCUUAAGGAUCUCAUAGCAUUGUAUCACAGAGAAUUAUUUCUAAAAUUUUCCCUUAUUCUACCUGCUUUGUGGCAAGUAAAAAAAUACUGUAAAUUUUGUUUCCAAAUCUGCAGCACUUUAUUGAAUGAGGGAAAACUGUCCUCUACAUUAGCCAUUUGAGAUCUUACACAGUCUUUAGGUUUCUGAGGAAACCCUUCUGCUAUUAAAGCCUUUAAGUUAAAUUAAUAACUAACCACCCCAAUGUCUGCUGAUUUUUUUUUCUCUGCUUGUUUCUACAUCAGACCAAUUCCUACAUAUAUGAGAAAGGAAACCCUGAACAUAAUGUAUAUAAAGUGCUUUAUAGACCUUUAAAGCACUAUAUAAAUGUCUGCUCAUAGUAUUAUCAAUUGCUUGAUCUAGUUACAUGCUUUUAGUUUGCUGAGAUUAAUUCCAUUGCAUUUGAUAUACUGAGAUGUAUCAGGUGGACCAAAAUUGUAUUAUAAGGAGGUUUCAUCAUUUCACAUAGUUUUUUCUUCCUCCUGAGUUUAUAUUGUGAGCAUUGUGACUAGAAACACUUAAUUUCUGCACUUAAGAAUUUAUUUUUUAACCAGACCUGUGAUUUCAUAGCUGUAGGGAGCGCUCAAUGAGAAUUUUCUCUACCAAGAGAUCUGCACCUUUUUCAGAACUUACGGUCAGAAUUGCCUGGUAUACUUGGAGGUUAAGUGACUUGACCAGGGUCACACAAGUAGUAUAUGCCAGAAGUGGGACAUGAAGCCAGGUCUUCCUGACUUGAGGCUAGCACUAUGGCAUCAUGAAAACUAUUUGAUAUUUGAGACUUCAGUGAGUUUGUAUUUGAAAUUAAUGAAUAAAGGCAAAUGUCUGUAAGAAAGGCAACAUGGUAUAGUGGAUAGAAGGCCAGCCAAAGAGUCAGGAAGACCUGCGUUCAGGUGCUGUCUCUGGUGCAUACUGGCUUUGUGACUCUAGGCAAGUCACUUAGACGUUCAGUGACCCCAACAGCUGAAGGAAAGUUGCCAAUUUACAUCUAUAGAGGGCAUUUCCACACUAGGAAGUCCACAUACUGAUGGAAUCAGACAUCUGAAUUCCUUUCUUUCCCCUCAUCCAAUAUCAUAUGUAUAUUGUUCAAAAUCAGUCUGAUCUCUAUUUUAAAAAUUCAUGUCUACUUAGAUAAAUCAAUUUAGUAUUGAGGUGAAGGACUUUUCAUUUAAAAAAAAAAAAAAGCUCCACAAUUCCAGGUGGGUUAAGAACAGUGAUGGUAGGGCAGCUAGGUGGCGCAGUGGAUAAAGCACUGGCCCUGGAGUCAGGAGGACCUGAGUUCAAAUCCGGCCUCAGACACUUGACACUUACUAGCUGUUUGACCCUGGGCAAGUCACUUAACCCUCAUUGCCCCGCAAAAAAAACAAAAAACAAAAAAAGAACACUGAGACUUUUUAAGUUGAAGUACAUAGUAUACAUAAUCUCAAUCCAAAAACACAGUUAAACUCUAGCAAACCUAGUGCUAUGAACCUAAGUCACUCUUCCAAUUCAUGCUAGGAUUUCAUAAACAGGAAUGGCCCCAGACAACUUCUUUGCUUCAGGAGAGAGUGAAGAUGAUUUUUUUUGGAUGUCAAUGGUACUUACUCCAUCUAGAAAAGAGGAACUAUAGAAAAAGCACUAACAACUGUCUUCAACACUUGCUUGCUCUAAUGUAUAUUUCCAUCCCAAACUCCAAUCAUCCUUUCCCUUUUUUAUAUCAUGGUAGCUAUUUUAGCCUUAAUCUUAUGAAAUUAAGCCAGGAGAGUCGGGAUAUGGGUUUUAUUAUCAAAGAAGCACAGCUAAUCUUGGAGUUAGUUGUUUUUUUUUUAAAUCAUCUUUUUCUUUAAGGGCAGAAAAGCUUGUGAUGUUUGGGAAAGCCCUCUGUUCUUUGUGUCUCGUGAACAAUGCAAUUCAGUCAUUUGAUUUACCUAAGUGUCUUGUUGGGAUGUGACACUCAGAGCAGGACAUUUUGCUCUCAACUCUAAAAGCAAAGGGAGGAGAGGCGUUGUUUCAUACUGCUACUAGCCCUUUAUGGUUCUCCAUUGGUGAUUAGGUACAGAUCUCUUCAAGCUUUUGGGGGCACAUCAUCAUAUGGUCAGAUUUUUAUGGGGAACAUUGAAAAACCAUGUGAUAAAGAGUCUGUUCUGUUUUGGUUGAUGUGAUAUUUAGGAUAAAAGGACCAAAGACACUUAAAACAUUCCAGAGAAAAUGUAAUGUAGCCAAGGGUGCUUAGAAAACACAGCCUUGGCCUUACAAAGGAAAGACAAGAUCAGGGAGCUCCUGUCUCCCCCCCUCCCCUGCAGCUUUUGCAGCAGCUCUGUAAAAGAUUUUUUUAAUUUAAAAUUUAAAUUGCUGUUGAGAUUUUGUGCUUACAUCACCUUAAUUUUCUAUCGUAUCCCUAUCCCUCCCCUUUUAACCAACAAUAAAAAAGAAGGGACAGGAAACAUUUGAGUAAAACUAACCACAUCAACUAAGCCUGACUUAUUCAGUGUUUUGCACCCAUGUCCCCCACCUUAUUAGUUUUCAUUUUUAGUAUAACUGCUUAAACUCAAAGGCUUUAGGGGAAAAACCAGAUCUUCUAAAAGAACUGAGGAUUAGGAAAUGAAUGUUGGGGUUUUUUUUUAAAGUGAAAGUAUUUUGAGCUGAGCUAUGGUCAUUGAACUACAGUUUUCAUACAUAGUUUCCAACAGAUCUUUCGGUUGUAUGUAUGUAUGUAUUUUAAUAAACACACCAAAGCAAUCCUAUGUUGUCCAAUUCCCUUAACAUGUUCUUUUAAAAUGAUAACUUUGAUCAUUGCAUCCUUUACCAUGAAAUUUUUCAUUCUGCUUUCUUGAAUAAUGUAACCCUUUUCUUAUUUCUCCAGCAUUAGACACCCUGGUGGUGCUUGAUUAUUUCCCAGGUUAACUCAUUGGAGUAGAACCAGGGUCCCAACCAGUUGGGCAACAGCCACCCUUUCCCAAGGCAUUUUCGCUCAUGAGGGACUUGGUGACUAGAAAACUACUAUUCAGUUGUCAGAAUUUAUUGAGCGUGGAAGGCACUGAGUACAAAGACCAAAUUGUCCCUCCCUUUGAGGGGCUUCCUGUCUGUGGGAGAAGACAAAUAUGCAUAUAUAAGCAUAUGCAAAAGCCAACCUAGGUAAAGGCAAGGAAGUUUUAGGCAAUAGGGUGAUCAGCAAAAGCCUCACAUAGGAAGCACCAUAAGGAAAAGUAGUGACAUGGUCAGAUGUGUGCUGUAUUAUCACUUUGACAGUUGUAUGGGAGAUGGAUUGGAAAGGAAGGGACUGAAGACAAGAGGGCCAACCAGGCUAUUUCCAUUAUCCAAAUAGCAAAUGAUAAAGACCUGAAACUAAGGUAGUAGCUGUGAGAAGAAAGUAGGAGGCAGAUAUAUUGUGGAGCUAGAACUGAUGAUACUCAGCAACUAAUUAGUGAGGAAGAGGAGAAAAAAGUAAAAGGUGGCUCCAAACUUGUGAGCCAUGGGGGCUGGAAGGAUGGAGGUGCUCUCAACAGAAAUGGAGGGAGAAGGAAAUAGUUUCAUUUUGGACCUCCUGAGAGAUGUCUUUAGAGAGAGGCCGGAGGUCAGGAAGACCCUAGUUCAAAUACAACUUCAGACUUGUGUGACCCUGGGCAAAUCACUGGACCUGCUUGCCUCAGUUUCUUCAUCUGUAAAGUGGGGAUUGUUAUGGGGGUUGGGAAACUGGCCCACUAGCUAAAGGACAAACACACCUUGAGAAGAGAGAUAAGCCCAUUAGGUAUGAUUGCUGCCAGGACCGAGAUAACUCCAGAACUCCUCUCAUUCAAGCCUUCACUCAAGCUUUCUCCACCCCCAAAGGGAACUUUCCAUUGUCAGGAUGGGGACCCCAUCUACCAUCUAUAAAAGCUAUGGCCUUUCUCCUGUUAGAGGAGAUAGGUAUCUCAGAGAACCAUG